AUGAUUGACCACGAAUCUCUCUCCGUCAUCCCCGCGCAAGUCGGCUUCCUCACCAUCUACAACCCCUCCUUGGGGACGACAGACGAAACGCUCCAGGACCAGAUCGUCUUCUACUAUUCCUCGUCACAACAGGCUAGUCGGUCAUCGAACAGCGCAAAUGCUUUGUCAACCAGCCCUGACCCCGAGCAGCAGAGGAGCAAGGAUGACACAAAUGAGAGAUUGCGCAAAAUUGGCCUGGCGCAGGGCAUGGUAAAUUUUGCAAAAAAUUUCUCCAAUGGCCAGCCUGUUGAUCAUGUCGAGACUGAAAAGUCGCGGAUUGUUCUCAAUGAACUUAAAAGCGACUGGUGGAUACUAGCUUCCAUAAAUCUCACUCGAAUAUCAUUUCCUAAUACCGUCAAUGCGUCUUCCAAAACCUCUCCUUCAGUCGAGUACUCUUCGCGAGAAAUAUACCCUCCUCGAUCCCUAAUCCAACAACUCCGACGAGCGCAUGCGAUAUUCCUGUUACACCAUGGCGAUUCAUUGAGCACCCUCUACCAACGUAUUGGAAGAGACUCUUUCUGCAAGCUUCUCGGUCGCUUCUGGAACAGAUUUGUCCGCCACUGGCUCGUACUCCUCCACGGCAACCCGGCCGUGGAUUUAUUCAAUGGCGUGAAACUGGCUGUGGGCGGAGAACUUGGGAUUGGCAUCCAUUUCUUGCAAUUGCGCAAGAUCCAUGGUAUUUGA